AUGGAAGACAAAGCGACUAUACUCACGAAUGCUCCAGUGUCCAUGGCUCAAGCAGACCCUGUGAGGCCAAAAAAGAAACGCAUUCGGAACUGGACCGCGGAGGAUAGAGCCAUCCACCGUGAAUUUGAAAAGUCCCGCCGGGAGGCCUUUGGUGUGCGUUUGAUGGAGCUAACAAAGUUACUUCCCUUGCUCCGGGAAGAAACACGGCCCUCGAAGCAUAUUAUUGUGGACGCGAGUAUAUCUCAUCACAAGACCCAACAAGCAAGAUGCGAUCAAGCCACUAGCGCAAUUAAAGCACUAAUUGCCGAGCGUGAUGAUCUGCUUAAAGAGGUCAACAGCCUGCGAUCUUUGUGUCAACCUGGUACUUCUGUCCCGCGACAAGCUCGGCCAAUUGAUCCCGCUGUCCUCGACCUUUUGAGAGAGAGUGAUGAGCCAGAUCCGGAUCAAAUCUGGCCAUCUGCGGUAAAUAGCUCUAUCGAGGCACAGUCAGACCAGACAUCUUCAUCUUCUUUCCCGCUAGCACCGUUCUUACCUGUCUCAGGCGAGGGGCCGCCUCAAGUGCCAGCUCAUCACGACCCAACCAUCCUACUAAGUUCACCAACGGCAUAUAACUCAACGGAAUGGGCUUGGCCUAACUCCCAUACAGCUCCUGCUGCCGUGACAUUGGGUUCAUUCCAGGAUCCUGCUUUUAUAUGGAACCAAUCCUCCGGCGUAUCCGCAACAACGCGACCGAAAGAUGUCGAUCCAAGACAUAAUAAUGGGCCCUCCUAUCUUGUUAGAGACUCUGCAUCGUUCUGGACUCAGCAUCCAGGUGUGUUGACAACAACACCUCCUGAAGACCCUCCUCAAGAUGGCGAUUUCCAAUAUGACAACAAUCCUUCGGUUUUACCCGUUGAUGAAUCACUGCUAUGGCCCCCGAACAUUGGGAUCACCCCUAUGCCAGCAACGGAGAAUAGGCAUGCAAUAUCUUCAGGUCAAACAUUUUAG